GGUUAUGUUAUAUGUCAUAUGUAAUUGUUAUUAUUUCUCUUGAAGAUUUUUUGUGUCCGUCUAAAAUAUAAAGGAUUUUAUAAUGGAUUUAGGGGAAUUCGAAAUGAGCAAAAUCAAACAGGAAGUCGUCUAUAACGAUUUAACCGAAGCCUUUGGAACAGAGGAAAUUGGACAAAAUGAAGUAGAUUCUACUAGUGACACAAAAUGUUUGGAUCAAAGUUUUCAAAAGCAGAAUGAUGAAACCUGCACCGAGAAUCAGGAAAAUGUAUGCGGUAGGAAACUGAUAAAAGAAGAUGAGGAAGAAGUUGAUGUUUACCUUGAAAGUUUAAAAACCGAAAAUGAUGAAAAUACCUCGGUGAAAUCUGAAAUUUGUGAUGUGUGUAACGGAAAAUUAAAUACUAAAACAGACGCCACUAAUUAUACAAUUGAUGGCUUCAGUUGCUUUUGCCAAGAAGAACAGGAAUCGAAACCAGAAUAUAUAAAUUGUGAGGAUCUAGUCCAAGAAUGUGGCCCUAAUGCAGUUUCCAAAAUAAAAGGUGAACCAAAGUUUGGGGAGGAAGUAACCUGUGAAAAAACCUCAUUGGCAGUAUGCAAGAGUGAAAGGACUUGCAAAAUAUGUGAAAAAGUUUUUGAACACAAGCAGAAUUUAAAGGAGCAUAUGAGGAGUCAUUCAGAGGAAAAAUCUUUUUUUUGUCGAUUCUGUUCAAGGUAUUUCAAACAAGAGACCUCCUUGAAACUUCAUGAAAGUCUGCAUUUAGAAGAUACGUUAUUCACUUGCAAGAUCUGUAAAAAAGUUUUCGACAGCAACUAUAGUUUGAAGUUGCAUAUGAGAAGUCAUUCGGAAGAAAAGCCAUUCUAUUGCGAAGUCUGUUCAAAGUAUUUCAAACUCAAAAAAACCAUGGAUUUUCACAGGAGAUUUCAUGCAGGAGAAACAUCGGUUUCUUGUGAAAUCUGCAAUAAAGUAUUUAUAAAUAUUUACAAUUUAAGAGAUCAUAUGAAAAGUCACAAAGUUGAAAAACCAUUUCAGUGCCAAUUGUGUUCUAAAUAUUUCAAAUAUAAGAGAACUUUGAGAGACCAUAUGGAAUUAUUGCAUGAGAAAGAGAAAACAUCAUGUGAAACUUCAUCGAUCCAUCUUGAGGCAGCUCAAUCCAGAAAAGGGCUAUUUUGUGAAAUUUGUUCCAAACGCUUCAAAAACAAUGGUCAUUUGAAGGAGCAUAUGAGAGUCCAUACAGGAGAGAAACCAUUCAUUUGUAGUUUUUGCCCAAAAUCGUUCAGUUACAAGUGUGCUUUGAAAAAACACGAGAGAACUCACACAGAAGAGAAGCCAUUCAGUUGCACAGUUUGUUUGAAAUCUUUCUCCCAGAGCAUGUAUUUGAAGGAACAUGCAAAAAAACAUGAUAUAGAACAAGAUAAAUCAUUUUGUUGUAGAGUGUGUUCGAAAUCUUUCAGAGAAAAAAGAUUAUUGACAAGGCAUGAGAUGAUUCAUAGAACAGAAAAACUAUUUCAUUGUGGCGUCUGCUCGAAAUCAUUCAAACACGAUAUUGCGUUGAGAGUUCAUCAGAAGAAUCAUGUGGAAGAAAAAUUAUUCCAAUGCGACAUCUGCUCAAAAUCAUUCAAACACAAAGAAGCCUUGAGAAUGCAUCAGAAUAUGCAUACAGAGGAAAGGUUUCAGUGUGAAAUAUGCCACAAGUUGAUCAAACAUAGAACUAGUUUAAAAGCUCAUCUCAGGGCUCAUUCGAAAGAAAAAACAGUUGUUGAGGAACUUCACGAUUCAACGUGAGAGAAGUGAGAUUUUUCAAUAGGUUCCUGCAGAAUUUUCUUUUAAAUAAAAUGCAUAUCAAUUUUCAACAAA